AUGGGCAUUGCUCGUGAUGAGGAGCUGGAGUUUUCGACAGCUCUCUACUACAUUCGGACUACUCCGUAUAUCUCUCAUGAUAAGAUGGGUCUCUCGAAGCAUUACCGGAGUCUGUGCAAAAGUACCCUUCGGCGGGACGUCAAGCCAUCGCGCCGAAACUUGGCUAAAUGGCCCUGUGGAGGACGGUGUGGCAAGGAGGACUGCGAUCAAAAGUUCCCGACGAGUACUCUUCAGAUCGCUCGCAUCCACCACGCCAAGGACUACACUGCCGAGUGUCGACUGGGCUGCGGGAAGGUAUUCAAACACCUGUACAGCCGGGACAGUCACGAGAAGAAGAGCUGCAAGAAACGCCUGGGUUACGUCGAAACGGAGAAGCCAAAGCGUGCUCGAAGGCGCAAGGUCGAAGCACCACCAUCUCGAACCUCUGAUAGUGGCCGUCUCGAUUAUAGCGGUGUUAUUGCCAAUUUCAUCCUGGUCCAUAGCCCGCAACGUCUCAUCACAGAUGAAGCAGCAUUGAUUGCGAACGGGCUACCCACCGACGCGACUCAUCGAGGCGACCCGAUUUAUCGGAAAGAACUUGUUUGUCGAUAG